CAAUGUCAAAUUAAUUUGUUAGUGGAGUGAUCGUCAGAUUCAGAUUUCUCAUUUCGCUAUUUUGUGCAAAAAUUUCACAGGCGACACUUUAUUGACGAAGCGUUUUGUUUACUCUAUAACACUGUUUCAAAUUUUGAGGCAAAUUACUGCUAUGACCUCGACAUUGCCAAACGACAGGAACGAGGAGCGGCGGCGCAGGGUAUUACUGGGGCCGUUACCAUCAGGAUUCCUGCGAGCUGAUGGAACAACAGACACGCUAGAUGCAGAUUAUCAAGCAGCCCUCGCGCUCCAGCAACAGUUGUGUGGUGCUCAGAUGCCAGCAGCCGGUCCCCCCCUGACGGCGAGGCUGAGCGUCACUAUCGCACAAGCGAAACUUGUGAAGAACUAUGGUCUGACCCGCAUGGACCCCUACGUGCGCCUGCGCGUGGGUCACUGCAUAUACGAGACCCACACGGACCCCAGCGGUGGGAAGACGCCCCGGUGGAACAAGGUUAUACAUUGCCUGCUGCCGCCCGGGGUCAACUCCAUCUACCUGGAGAUCUUCGACGAGUGCUCCUUCACCAUGGACGAGCUCAUCGCGUGGACGCACAUUACUAUACCGCAGGCGGUGCUUAAUGGAGAGACUCACGAGGACUGGUACCCGCUGAACGGCAAGCAAGGGGAUGGCGUCGAGGGGAUGAUCAACCUCGUACUCAGCUAUUCUGUGGGUCCAGCGGCCGUAGCAGCGUUCCCGCCAAUGAUCGUUGUGCCGAGCGCCGGCAUCGGCGGCUACGCAGCCAUGCCGGUGUACCCCGCGACUGCGGCGCAGCCCUACCCGCCUCAGCAGCCCUACCCACCGCAGCAGCCCUACCCACCGCAGCAGCCCUACCCACCACAGCAACCGCUCCAGCAGCCCCUCACCGCCGAGCAGUUGCAACAGAUCGAGGAGAUGUUCCCCAGCAUCGACAAGGAGGUGAUCAAGUCAGUGCUGGAAGCCAACCGCGGCAACAAGGACGCCACCAUCAACUCCCUGCUGCAGAUGUCGGAAUAGACCCUCGACAUCAACACCUGCUUGUAUGUACUGCUGCAGCCAUAUUUAUAAAAAAUUAUUAAAAGAAGAUGUCCCAAAAUUGCCCCAGGUGAAAUGAAAAGAGACCCACUAAAAUAAAUGUGUUAAAAUUAGCUUACAAUUUUUAUAUCAAAAGAUAUAAACAGAAAACUAGAAAUAGUGGUGUUCUAAAAUCAUUUUAAUUUUUCCUUGUAGAUAUGUAAGUAAAAGUUGUUAAAAUCAAAAUUCAUUUAUUUCAAAUAGGCUUACUUUACAAGCUCUUUCAAAACGUCAGGUAAUAAUAUUAAACUUAAGAUAAUGGUGAUAAUAAUUAUUCGAAAACUUAAAAUUAUACUUAUGAUACUCAAUACAUAGUACACAAUUACCCCGAUAUCUAGUAUCAAAAAAUAAAAUUUAUAAUUAAUCUAAACAUUACAAUCAACCCAAAGAGUUUCAUUGAGACACAUUAACUUUUUUGUCUGGGGCAAAUAAUGUAUGGAGAGUGGGACAUCUCAUUUUAACAUCAAACUACUUCAAAGUAAAGUAAACUUCAUAUAGUAUUGAUUAUAUCCACUUCACUUUGAAGUAGUUUGAUGCUUAAAUCUUAAUCCAUGUUUAUAAAUAAGGCCGAUAGUUUAACCGCUUAAUUGAGUCCUCGCCCGCGCGGUAGGACAGCCGGGAGUGAGAGAGAAACAUAUAUAAAAUCAAAUGAAAAUAUGUCAAGAGUUUAUUGACAUAUUUUGCUGACCCCACUUAUGUGGGAUAAAGUAAGAUAGAUCAUGAUGAUGACGAUGAUGAUGAUGAUGAUGAUGAUGAUGAUGAUGAUGAUGAUGAUGAUGAUGAUGAUGAUGAUUAUGAUGAUGACGAUGACGACGAUGACGAUUAUGAUGACAAUGACGACGAUGACGACGACUACGAUGACAAUCACGACGACCACGAUGACGAAGACACUGACGACGACGACGAUGACAAUGACGACGACGACAAUGACAAUGACGAUUACGACGAUGACGAAUACGAUGACAACGACGACGACGACGAUGACGACGAUUACGAUGACUACGAUGACGAUGACGAUGACGAUGACGACGACGACGACGGUGAUGAUGAUGAUGAUGAUGACGAUGAUGAUGAUGAUUAUGUACAUGUUUAUAUCAAUGAAAUAAAAAUACACAUUCCGUUUCUACAUCGCGCGGGAGUAGACUCAGUGAAGCAGUUUGAUUAUUGUUUAGGUUCACUCGAUAAUAUUGUCAAUAAUAUAGGGUAAGGUGUCUUGAGUAUCUCCUAAAACAUUGUAAUAUUCAAAAUUCAUUAAUUUCAAAUGAGCUUUUGUAAAAGCAUUGCCUUUUUUUUUGAAAAAAUAAAAGCAAUACUUUUACUACAGCAGGGUAUAGUUAAAAAUAUAUUGACAAUAUUAUUAAACGUGUGUGGUUAGCCUACAUCUACUUGUAUACAGUAUGUUACAAGAAUAUUUACUUCACCAACCAUGGCUUAAGCUACAUACUUUAUUUAUAUUAAUAUAAACUGACAGUAAAAGUCAGUAAAUUAUGUGAGGUGUUUUGACGACUUUCUGUCCACUCUUCCCUGUAAGUCUCAAGCUGGAAAUAUAUUGAAUUAAAUUUCACGUUGACCAACAUUGAAUUCAAUUUCAGGUUGACGAACAUUAAACUGAAUUUCACGUGGACGAACAUUGAACUGAAUUUCACGCGGACGAACAUUGAACUGAAUUUCACGUGGACGAACAUUGAACUAAAUUUCACGCGGACGAACAUUGAACGUUGCUUUUGCACCUCACAUAAAAAGGAUUUAUCUUAUUCUCAAAAUUAUUAUUUAAAGAGGAAUAUUUAUUUCUUUCUUUACUAUAAAGCUGUGAUUCUUCUAUAAAUGCUAAAUGCAUUGUAGGGUAGCAUAAAUAAAUGUAUGCCUUGUUAAAGGAAAUUUUGUCGGUCGGUAUGUGCCUGACAUAUUAGUAAAAGAGGGAAUGUAUACCGACGCAUUGCGAGUAAAUUCUAUUAAAAUAUUAUAAAUAUCACUAACAUUUUAAUAGUUAUGCCUUAUUGUCUACUUAAUGCAUUAGUUAUGUAUAGUUUUUCUAUACAGAACUAAUGCAUUAAUACUUUUAUUAUUAUGUGAACUACUUUUUGUAUAGUGAUUAAUAUGAAGAAAGGUACUUUUAGUGUAUAAAUGAAUAAUACAAUUAGUCAUGCACUUCAAAUCGAUAUAAAUGUUAUUAGCAAAAUAUAAUUAAUAUUAGGUUGCACUUAUUAAUAUACAGUAUGUUAGAAAACCUUGUCCGAUCCGGAAAGAUCAUAUAGACAUUUCAACAUUUAUCAAAAAAAAAAUAUCUAUUGAAAAAAAAAUAUUUCUUAAUUUUAGCAAUAAGUGUAAAAUUUAACUUAAAAUCCUCACAAAGCUAGAAAAUUUUAGAAAUUGGCAACGCUUAUUGGUACGUAGGUAUUACCUACAUACCUAUCAUGGCAGUUUUGCCGGGUCUCUUAGUCAGCAAAGGUCAAAAGCGGUAGAGGAUGCUGCACUUCAACCCAGCGCAUUGUAAAAAAUACCUAUGUUGGGUACAUUUUUACAGAUAAAUCCUAAAAACAUAAUAUAAAAACAUAAUGAAUAUAUGCACAUUAACCAAAUUGACUUUAUUUUCUUGUGAUGUUUUAAAUUUUUCUCUUAUUAGUUUUAUGUAUAGAAACAAUUCAAAUAACUAACUUAAAUACACUUUUAAAGAUCUCUCAGGGAUUUUUCAACAUACUGUAUAUGAAUUUUUAUCCGGCCUCGACACAUUGACACACUCUUGUGCAGGGUCUAUGAUGUGAAAGAACUGAUAUAACUGGUAAAUGAAAAAUACAUUUUGUCGCACAUUCAUAGACAAUAAAUAAGCAUCGUAGACAGAGUCAUUGUAUAUCACUUGUCUAUGGACUUCUACAACAAGCCCAUUGUGUAAAUGUGUUGUGACAUUAGAUAAAAAUAAAAUAUAUUUUAUGAACUAAAUUUGUCACUUCAGCUUAUCUGCAAUAAAUGUAGUUUAUUUAUAUUAAAUUCAUUCCAAAUUAGCCCCAAAAGAUUUCUAAAAUUACAUAAAUAAAAUUUAAUUACUAUUUGUGAUGGGGUCGUAUUGUAACAGCCCUUUUUAUAGACUUAUGACCAUCGAUCUCCUAUUAAAAAGUGGAUGCACAAUCAGCGACCAAAAAACGUCCCCACUCAAUGAGUGCCAUACACAACUUCUUGGCACUCAAUUCAAGUAGUCGCAUUUGCAAAUUCAACCUUAAACUCAACUCUUAAGGUUGAAUUUGCUCUGAAUUUGGGAUUUUAUUGAAUAUUAGACUAUAUUUAAAGGCCUUUAGGUAUAAUUUUCUUUACCAAUAAUUCCAAAACUGUCAAAGCAAAAUUGGCCAGUCUUAAAUGAAAUUUUCUACAUGAUUGUGCGUCCUUUUAUUAUAAGAGGUCAAUGCUUAUGACUUAUUAAAUUAUCAUAUAUGGCCUGACCUGAAAUAUAAAGAAAACCAAUAUUGAGUAUUGCCACCAAUCGUGAGUCCUACAUAAAAAGUGUGUUUUUAGUAAAUCUGAUAAUUUUUGAUGAACAUAAAGAUGUAAAAUGGGUGUAAUUUUGCAACCCUGUCAUGGUUAUGAUUGUUAAGAAAAUUGGUUCUUUGUUUUCCGAGACAAACUUUUAUUUUUUUGUUCAGGCUAUAUAUAAUUAUAAUACCUAUAUGCAUUUUUGUAUAUUUUAUAAUGAUAUAAUAGUAUAAUUGUUUUUAAUUUUAAUGUUAAUAUUUUGUUCAGUUAAUUACUGUUUAUAGAAAGAGGUCGCUUUGUUUACAAUGUUUCAACAUGGUGUAACAUUUAUGCUAUUUUAUGACUGCCUAGUUAGUCCAGUGGUUUGCCCAUGGGACGUAGGUUUGUGAGUUAAGCAGAACUUCAUCUUUGAGUUGAGUUUAAGCCCUCAUUCGCACGUGGUUUAACAACAAAUUAAUAAGCGUUCAAAUACAACAAAAAAAGCAUUCCCAAAUAUAAUUUCUUAUACCACGACGCAUUUGUUCUAGCAGUGUUGCAUUUUCAAUUUUGGGUGUUGGAAAUAGACCUUCAUUUAACUUCAUACUUUACUUGAACUUGAACCCUUUUUUAACGUCCGUUAAAAAACUCUCGUGCGAAUGAAGGCGCAAAAGUGUAAAACUUUCCAGCUUCGAGGUACUACUAUAAUUUAAAAAAAAAGAUAUUUCUUUUAUUUAAUUAUAGUAGGUAUUCCCAAUUAUUAAAAAAAAACCCUUAACCUAGUGAUUCGAUGAAACAUGGGUUCUUGACCACUGGGGUAACAAGGCGUUUAGGUAAAUAAGAAAAAUUAAAUCAAUUAUUAUGAAUUGUUUAUGAUCCAUGUUAUUUUUUAUUACCAACAUUAAUUAAUAGUAAGAUGUUUUGUAAUACAUUAAACUUAUCGUAAUGGCUUCACGGCUAAUUUGUGCCAAAUCAUUUGCCAUCGACGAUUAGCUUGCGUUUGCGCGACCGCGUCGCAGAGGGUGAUGUUUAUUGUCAUUAUUGUCCUUGUUGUAUUUAUUUGUAAUUAUAUUAUACAAUGUAAAUGAAAAUAAAUUAUUAUUUAUCGAA